CGCGGGACCGCAGGGGCGGAGCGGGGCGUGGACCCUUUGGGGUGUGGAUGCUACUCACCACUAGCCAAUGGGCUUGCGCGCCGGGGCGGAGGCAGGGGUGGGGGAGGCGUGGCCCGUCAGGCAGCUGCGGGCGGUGCGGGCGACUGCCGGAUCCUGGGCGGGGGUCGGCGGCCCGGCCAGCCCGGCCCGGCCCGGGGCCGCGUCCGUAAGAGUACAUCUCGCCCCUGCAACCUAGGGUGCCCGCCGGCCAUGGAGGCCGAGUGCCCCCCGGCGCCGGGCCAGGGCCACAAACGCCCCUCGCCCUGCGCUGCAGGUCGAAACCCCGCGUCCGUGGCCACCUCGGAUCCCAAUGUGCUGCAGACCACGGCUCCGUGGCGGAUUGCAGAGGGCCCAGGCCAGCGCGCCGCGCCGGUGACGGUGCCCGCGCCACCGCAGGGACCUUCUGUAGGUGGUGGCCUUGCGGGCUUGCACUUCUCACGGCCGCAGGAACCUCAGGCCGCUGACCUAGGGACUUCGGGAACCAAGUCUGGAGCAGCAGCGCGACUCCCAACACCUUCUGUACACAUCCCGGUGCCAGUACAGAGAGUGCCCCUAGGAAAAGUCCGGCUGGAUGAGGUCAUGGCUGCUGCAGCCCUUACAAGCUUGUCUACCAGCCCCCUCUGCCUGGGGACCCCAGCUACAAACUUCAGCCCAGAGCCUGGCUUGGAGCCCUGGAAGGAGGCUCUGGCGCAUCCCCCAGGCAGCUACAGCAGCAGCAGCUACAGUGGAGACUGGGCCUGGGACCUGACCAGUGACCAGUCCUCUCCAUCCACUCCAUCGCCCCCACUCCCCCCAGAAUCAGCCCACUUCCUAUUUGGGGAGGCCACCCUGAGGAAGAGGAAGAGCUCUAUCCAGGUCAUGUUCCAGUGCCUGUGGAAGAGCUGUGGGAAGGUGCUGAGCACAGCGUCUGGGAUGCAGAGACACAUCCGCCUGGUGCACCUGGGAAGGCAGGCAGAGCCAGAGCAGAGCGAUGGUGAGGAGGACUUCUACUACACAGAGCUGGAUGUUGGUGUGGAUACACUGACUGAUGGGCUCUCCAGCCUGACCCCUGUGUCUCCAACAGUCUCCAUGCCACUCACCUUUCCUCAUCUGGAGCCCCCAGAGUUGCUGGAGCCCCCAGUCCUCCCUAGCCUGCUGCAGCCCCUAACCCUGUCCCCACCCUCCAUGCUCACCUCUGCAGCAACCCCAAAAGUAUGCCACAGUGAUCAUGCCUACCAGGCAGGUGAGGCCACAGGUAGAGACUGGGGGCAGGUCUCAGAGCACUCUAGAGAGGAACAGAACAGGGGCUGUGGCUCCCCUCAGCGCUGCCUGGCACCUGUACACCUGAAGCCACAGCCCACUGAGGUCCAGGCCUACAUACCAGCCCUGCCUGCCAAGCUUAGUGCUAACCUGAGGAAGCCCCGAGGGGAUGCCAAGAAGUGCCGGAAGGUGUAUGGCAUGGACCACAGGGACCUGUGGUGUACCGCCUGCCGCUGGAAGAAAGCCUGCCAGCGGUUCCUGGACUGAGCCCAUCCUUGCUGCUGCCUGGCCUUCUUCCCACUCUCAGUCUGAAGCUGGAGCAAGUUUGCAGGGGGAGUUGGUGACCCUGGACCCCCUAGUGGUGAAGGAGGGGGUCCAACCACUCAAAGUGCCUCUGAAGAAACCAGCCUUUUGUACAGCGUUGUACCCCGUGGUCCCAGGGGCAGCUUGCCUCCGCUGCCUGUCACUCAUGGACUUGUCAGUGGGCCCAGCAGGGGCCAAUCCAAGAUGCACUUUGAGGGAUGUCAGGGAGGGUACUCUCCAGCCCAUGUUUAAGAUCAUGGUUCCAGGGCCCUGGGGCUGACAUUUUACCAUGUUUCUGAAACUCAGGUGUCUCAGGUCUGGGCCAUAUCAAGUGAGGAGAAAAAUUAAAAAUUAGUUUUUUGGUU